AUGGUGCUGCUGCUACUGGUGGCCAUCCCGCUGCUGGUGCAGAGCUCCCGCGGGCCCGCGCACUACGAGAUGCUAGGGCGCUGUCGUAUGGUGUGCGACCCGCACGCGCCCCGGGGCGGCGCGGCGCCCCCUGCUGGCUACGUGCCUCGCAUCGCCUUCUACGCGGGCCUGCGGCGACCUCACGAAGGUUACGAGGUGCUGCGCUUCGACGACGUGGUGACCAACGUGGGCAACGCUUACGAGGCGGCCAGCGGCAAGUUCACCUGCCCCAUGCCGGGAGUCUACUUCUUCGCCUACCAUGUGCUCAUGCGCGGCGGCGACGGCACCAGCAUGUGGGCCGAUCUGAUGAAGAACGGACAGGUCCGGGCCAGUGCCAUUGCUCAGGACGCGGACCAGAACUAUGACUAUGCCAGCAACAGCGUCAUCCUGCACCUGGAUGUGGGCGAUGAGGUCUUCAUCAAGCUGGACGGCGGGAAGGUGCAUGGAGGCAACACGAACAAGUACAGCACCUUCUCGGGCUUCAUCAUCUACCCGGACUGA